AUGAGCUGGAGUUUCCUCACUCGUCUCCUGGAAGAAAUCCACAACCACUCCACCUUUGUGGGGAAAGUUUGGCUCACUGUGUUGAUCAUCUUCCGUAUAGUGUUGACUGCAGUGGGUGGAGAGUCUAUAUAUUCUGAUGAACAGACCAAAUUCACCUGCAACACCAAACAACCGGGCUGUGACAAUGUUUGCUAUGACGCCUUUGCUCCGCUCUCACAUGUCCGCUUCUGGGUUUUCCAAAUUAUCAUGAUCUCCACCCCGUCCGUCAUGUACAUGGGAUAUGCAAUUCAUAAGAUCGCUCGGACCUCAGAAGAAGAACGGCAAAAAAGGCAAAGAAUGGAGCAGCGCAAAAAGCCACCUCCUCAUUCACGAUGGAGAGACAAUCAACAUAUAGAAGAGAUCAUGGAGGAACAUGUUGAUAGUGAGGCUGAACCAAUGAUUUUUGAAGAUGCACUUGAGAUGAAAGACUUGAGGCCUGAGUGUGCAAUAGGAAAAGUGCAAGCCAAAUAUGAUGGCCGCCGGAGAAUUGUUCAAGAAGGUCUUAUGAGAAUUUACAUCCUUCAGCUUACGUCAAGAGCUGUUUUUGAGGUUGCGUUCUUAGCAGGACAAUACCUCCUUUAUGGCUUCAAGGUUAAUCCCUCAUACGUAUGCAACAGGAUUCCAUGCCCGCACAGAGUUGACUGCUUCAUUUCACGACCUACGGAGAAAACCAUCUUCCUUCUUAUCAUGUAUAUUGUAAGCUGCCUCUGUCUCAUCCUGAAUGUGUGCGAGAUGCUACACAUAGCAAUUGGCACGUUCCGAGAUUCCUUGUGUCAACGGAAAAGCCGAGGGACCUUAACGCCAUACCACUACCCGUUCCCUCGAAACAUCCCAUCAUCUCCUCCUGGCUACAACCUCGUCAUCAAGUCCGACAAACCUGGACAGAUUCCUAAUAGCAUCAUUCCUCAUGAGCAAAACAUGGCCAACUCUGUCCAUGAGCAGCAUUGUGGGAGUCCGGAUGAAAAUAUACCUUCCGAUUUGGCGAGCCUGCAUCGGCAUUUGCGAGUAGCCCAGGAGCAGCUUGACAUGGCCUUUCAAACGUAUCAGACCAAAACUACACAACAGACAUCGAGGUCUAGCAGUCCUGUGUCUGGAGGGACCAUGGCAGAGCAAAACCGUGUGAAUAUGGUUCAGGAGAAGCAAGGAGCAAGGCCAAAGUCAGCAGAUAAGACAGCUGGUAAAAAUGGAAAAACGUCAGUGUGGAUUUAG